AUGGAUCCCCUCGUCGUACAGCUGUGCGAUGAGCUUGGGUUGACCUAUGGAAAGCAGGCGGACCCCGCUUCUACCGGAGACCUGAAAAGCCUACUAUCAGCAGUCCGAUCACAACCUGCUGCAUCGCCCAUGCAAUUGGCUAUUGACCAUCGGGAAAUGUUGUCUUCAAAGACCUCAUCACCAAAUAAUGCCGCAUCCAAGAAGGAAGAUGGUAAAUCAGAUAGGUUAUUUAGAUAUUCUGCAGGUGGAACAAGACGACUAACGCAUCUAAUUCUCAGAUUCAUGUCGUUGCAAAAGCUCGUUGCCCAUAUCUGGCUAUACAACGAGAGAGCUCAAGAUAAAUCCACCGAGACCGAGGUAAUGAAGCAACAGGACACUUACACCGAAGUAAUCAAGGAACAGAUAACUGACACCUCGGUAAACAAGCAACCGAUCGAAGACACCUCGACCCCACAGCCCUCGUCACCCAGCGCUGAUGGUCCCUUGACAAGGCUCAAGAAGCGACAUCCUACGAUCAUCGAAUGCCUUGUUACUGCCGGUUGCGGGCCAGAUCUGCCUCUUAUUUUUGAAUCUGUCGACGACAUGAGUCAACAUGUGAGGCAAAUGAACUGGCAUAAUCCUAAAAAUCAGCCCAUUGGAACGAGGUGUCUUUCUUGCUCAGGGAAGUUCCAACGCGUCGCCUAUAGUGACUCUCAAACAUAUUUCGUGAGCACCACAGAACAGCUCGAAGUCGUCAGGUUCAGGGUCCUUGGAAAGUAUGCUGGCUGGGCGUUGAUGCAGGAAGAUGGGCUCUGCAUGUACGUGAUACCUUCCGAUGGCAACGGAACAAAGGGCCGUGGAUACCACGCCUUCCUUGGUGAAGAUUUGGGGUUCACCAUGGAACCAAUUGCUGUUUCUUCAAACUCGAUCGGGCCGCUAUUCCGAUUACCUGAUGACAUUCUCGAGUAUAACAAUGCCAAAGCGCUCACUAGGCUGAAGGCAGAGAAUCCGACCGAUAAUCAUGCGCAUGAUGACCGUGGCUACGUAGACCUCACUGAUCCAGCUGACGAAGACGAUCGUGAGCAUCUCACGGGAUCAGAGCGAAAGGUUGCAAGCUCUGACAGAUAUCCUAGGCGAAAUCGCAUCGAGCUCACCAAGUUAGAUUGGACUGACGACUUGCAUUUCGCUGGACCCAGUCCAUCCAAAGCUCGCCUUUCAAAGAAAUCCCGCGAUCGAGACUAUCGAGACUAUCGUCAAAAAGUCUCAUGA